UUAACGGUCGACGAGAACUUUCAGUGAGAGUAAUGUCAAAGCGUAGUAACAUUCGGGUUUUUUUGGAUGGUGAUGUCACAAAAAUAGAAAUUGUACAUAAGGUGGAUUGUUAUUAAUUUGUCGACAGCAAGUGUCACACGUCCGACCAAAAUGGAUGACAACUUCCGGUCUAGCUAGCAAGCUUAGUGGCGGCCAGAGUUUAAGGAGAUUUUCAUGUCUUGAAUUGGUUUCCUGCUCUUUCCAGUCUGCUGUGAUGUCAUCAGAGUCCAAGCCUCCCACGCCCACCCCAGGAGACACAUACAAGGGCUGGCUCUUCAAGUGGACCAACUACAUCAAAGGUUACCAGAGACGCUGGUUUGUCCUCAGCAAUGGGCUGCUUUCGUAUUACCGGACCCAGGCCGAGAUGGGCCACACGUGCCGUGGCACCAUCAACCUGGCCACGGCCAACAUCGUCGUGGAGGACUCGUGCAACUUCGUCAUCUCCAACGGCGGCGCGCAGACGUACCACCUGAAGGCCAGCUGCGAGGUGGAGCGCCAGCGCUGGAUUACCGCCUUGGAGCUCGCCAAGGCAAAGGCCUUCCACAUGCAGGAUCUGUCGGGUGAGUGGAAAGUUCCCCUUUUCAUGUUUGCACUUCCUCAGUCAUCUUCAUCGCCGUCGUCCGCAGAUGAGUCGUCGGACGAAGCGUCUGAAGCGCCCAACGCCUCGGGACAAGGGGGCGGCCGCAACAUGGAAAUCCAGUCUACGCUGCGCACGCUCGGCAGCAAAGUGGAAGACCUCGGCACAUGCAAUGAUCUGAUUGUCAAGCACGGAUCAGCCCUGCAAAGAUCUUUGUCAGAACUUGAGGGCAUUCACGAGGCGGCGGACAUGGGCGAGAAGAUCAGACAAGUCACCGAGAGGGCCACGCUCUUCCGAAUCACCUCCAACGCAAUGAUCAACGCGUGCCGAGACUUCCUGUCCAUAGCUCAGAACCACAGCAAGCGCUGGCAGAAGGCCUUGCAGCUGGAGCGGGCGCAGAGGAUCCGCUUAGAGGAGACGCUGGAGCAGCUGGCCAAGCAGCACAACCACCUGGAGAGAGCUUUCAGGGGAGCCACCGUCCUCCCGCCGUCGCGCAGCAACAUGGACUUAGGUAGCAAAGGCGGAAUGUCAGGAAAGGGAGAUGCCAGCGACGAGGAUGAUGACAACGAGUUCUUUGACGCCAUGGAGGACCCGGCAGAGUUCAUCACGAUUCCCGCCGACCCAAAAUAUCACAGGUCGAGAUCUAGCAGCAACGUAAGCAGGCAGAGCAAUGAGACCGGCAUGGAUGAUCUGUCGUUCGACGAGCUGUCGCUGGCGUCCGGUCCGGAGUCCCCGCAGCACCUUGAGAUGGAGCCCGUCAGGCGACGACGGACGCGCAUCCCAGAAAAGCCCAACUACUACCUCAACCUGUGGAGCAUCAUGAAGAACUGCAUCGGCAAGGAGCUUUCCAAGAUACCGAUGCCCGUGAACUUUAACGAGCCUCUCUCCAUGCUGCAACGGCUGUCGGAGGACCUGGAGUAUUACGAGCUGCUGGACAAGGCGUCCAAGUGUCAGAGCUCCCUGGAGCAGAUGUGCUACGUGGCCGCCUUCACCGUCUCGUCCUACUCCACGACCGUCCACCGCACCAGCAAGCCCUUCAACCCUCUGUUGGGGGAAACCUUCGAGCUGGAUCGCCUGCGAGAGUGCGGCUACCGCUCUCUUUGCGAACAGGUGAGCCACCACCCACCUGCAGCAGCCCACCACGCCAUCUCCGAAAAAGGCUGGACGCUCAGACAGGAAAUCACCUUAGCCAGCAAGUUCCGAGGAAAAUAUUUGUCCGUCCUCCCUUUCGGUUCCAUCCAUUGCAUAUUUGACAAGAGCGCCAACCAUUACUCUUGGAAGAAAGUGACUACCACUGUGCACAACAUUAUCGUGGGCAAGUUAUGGAUCGAUCAGUCGGGGGAGAUUGAUGUGGUCAACCACAAGACGGGCGAUCGCUGCCACCUCAAGUUCACUCCUUACAGUUACUUCUCCAGAGACGUGCCAAGAAAGGUGACAGGCGUAGUGACGGACAAAGAUGGAAAGGCGCAUUACGUGCUGUCGGGCACGUGGGAUGAGAAGAUGGAGUUCUCCAGGAUCAUGCAAAGCAGCAAAAGCGAAAGCGGCGCUGAGGGCAAACAGAGGACUGUCUACCAGACUCUCAAAGCGAAGGAAAUAUGGCGGAAGAACCCCUUACCGGAGGGAGCGGAAAACAUGUACUACUUCUCCUCACUGGCACUGACGCUCAACGAACCCGAGGAAGGCGUGGCGCCCACGGACAGCCGGUGGCGGCCCGACCAGCGCCUCAUGGAGGAGGGUCACUGGGACGAGGCCAAUGCAGAGAAGCAGAGGUUGGAGGAAAAGCAGCGGAUAGCUCGCCGGGAAAGGGAGUGGGAGAUCGUCAAGGCGGCCGACACGCCCGAGGAUGCUGUCCAUCCAGACAGCUACCAGGCGCUGUGGUUCGAGAAGAUGGACGAACCCACGUCGGGAGAGAGCAUGCAUGUCUACAAGGGAGGCUACUGGGAGACCAAGGACAGCGGUGGCGGUUGGGAUGUUUGCCCCGACAUAUUCUGACCACAGGCUAUCAAAUGAAAGCCAACGGUGGAAAGGAUAUCACGCAGGAAAAACUGUAGUCCUCUUUUUAUGAAAAUGUCAUGUUUGGAGAAUUUCAAAAAUAUGUAUGUUACAACGGGGUAGAAAAUCAAUUUGAGAAAAGGAGAUAUUAGUUUUCAGAAAACAAAUCUUUUGAGGGAUUUUUUUCUUAAUAGAAUAAAGUUACAAUUUUGUAAAUAAAAUGGGUAACCUUCCAAAAAAAAGUUGUAAUAUGAGAAAUAAGUUAGAAUUUUAUGAGGAGAAAUAUUACUGCAAGAAAAGGUUGUAAUAUGGGAAAAGAGUUACAAUUUGUAAGAAAUAUUUAAUAUUUUGAGAAAGUAUUCAGAAUAAAGUAAAAAUUGUAUGUUACAAGAAAAAUGUAAUUUUGCAAGAAUCAAGUUACAAGUCAUGUUAAACUUAAAGGAAAAUGUAAUAUGUAAAUAAAAUUGUAAUUUUACAAGAAAAACAGGCAUCAUUUACUCAGUUAAAAUCCCCACCUCCACCUCAGUUUUUUUCUAAAUAAAAGUAAUGAGAGACAAAAUUUGUGGAAUAAUUUUGUGAGAAUUUCGUAAGAUCUUUUUUUUUUUUAACAGAACCACAAAAAAAGCCCAAAUUUGUAAUUUACACAAAGUUUUAAUGUUACAAGAAAAAAAAGUUAGACUAUGCAAUUGUUGCCAAAAGUAUUUUUCCUCACUUCCAGGGUCGCCAUCCUAAAAAAACUGUACAGGCAAUAUUUUCAUCUAAAGAGUCAAAUACUGUAUUUAAUAAAAUUAAAAUAAAUAAAAAUACUUAGGAGUGCGAACUGUAUUUUUUUGUCCAGCUUUGUACAAUGUAAGGGUCCUUUCGGACUUUGCAGUGAAUGAGAUUCCUUCCUUUUUUUUUUUUCACUUAUUUAAGUGUACUUACUUUCUGUUGUCAAAUAUUGUUUGACAUUUUUACAUGCUGUAGUAGAUCUCUCCGUGUAUCUCCACCCCCCCCCUCCCCGGAAACAGUGGUGCCUAUACAAGUUUAAUAUGUUCGAUAAUAUACUGUUCCUGGUUUCAAUAAAUUAGUGAUUGUCAAA